AUGUCGACUGUAACUGCAAUGGAGAAAGAUCAAGUUUCCUGCACAAUGUGUUCUUCCUGUGACAAUCCAUGUCAACCCAUUUUUUCUCCUCCACCACCAUCAGGUGUGCUCAAAUGUCCUCCUCCACCUUCAACACCCAAUGGUGUUGGUGGUACUAGCGGUGUAUAUUACAACUCACCACCUCCUCCAGCUUAUUAUCCACCACCGUCCAGUGGUGGUGGAGCAUAUUAUCCACCUACAAAUCCUUAUGGUUACUCCACUCCGCCACCACCUAACCCUAUUCUUCCAUAUUUCCCUUACUACUACUACAACCCACCAUCAGCUUCUCCUCAUUCGGACUCCAAAUCCGUGCAACUGAAAACUCACCCCACUGUUUUUUCCCUCAUUGUUAUUCUCUCUCUUCUCCUUUUCCUUUGA